UAAGUGGCAUUUACGGCCUUGUGUCUUGUAAUAUUUUAUUUUCAUCAUGCAAUCGUAUGAUAACGUGACAAAUUGCCAUUGUUUUGAUAAAAUUUUAUUAAUUCUGUUCGAUUAAUACCAUAUUUACAAUGGUAUCUAAUUUAAUAAAACUGCAUUUAUCAGGUAAAUGUUUUUUGCCGGGUCGGCGUAUGUUUUUAGGAAAACAUUCGGCAAGUUCUGCGGCUUCACAACAAAUUUCAUCCAUCACAGUAUUAACUGCGAAGUCUGCAGUUUUAUCGUCUAGAACGUAUUCAUCCAUCAUCAGCCGCAGCAUGGACAGUUUCAAGCGCAGACGUUUAAAUAACAGUGCAAUCCCUGGGAUCUGGAAUACGCCCGCGGAAAACAUGAUUGGUCUGCUCGGUGAUCUCCAGCGAGAAUUUCGGCGAGAAGUUUCGAUGCAGCACGAUGCACAGCAGACUCCGACGCUGCGCCGCAAUCAACCGUACAACUCCGGUGUUCGACGUGUAAACUGCGGUGAGUUGCGCGAACGCAAUGACGGAGAGUUGGUGGAAAUCAGUGGCAAAGUCAUUGAGAAUCGCAUGGGGAAGUUUUUGGAUGUGCGUGAUGUUUACGGUUCGGUGCAGUUGGUUUCCAAUGCGACAUCCGGUUUGCACAAGAGAAUAUCUUCCAUUGCCAAGGAUUCGUUCGUGACAAUCGUGGGAAGGGUACAGGAGCGUGAGACCAGAUGGAAAAAUUCGAGUAUUGCUACCGGAGGUAUUGAAAUUUCGAUUGAGGAUAUCAUUCACGUUGAGAGUGAAUCUACUGUUAAUAGGAAUGCAAAUUUUCAUAAGCGCAAUUAUUCAACAGUUGCUGCACCGGCACCCACUAUUACACGUGGUCUAACAAAUCUGGAAAUUGAAAAGGCUACCUCGGACAGUAUAUUGAAAUACUUCAAAAAUAGGAAGCACACUUGUAGUGAGUUUCGACUGAAAGAUGUCGGAAAGAACGUUCAACUGGUCGGGUGGAUUGAUAAUAAGAAAAAACACGAACGGUUCUUCAUGCUACGAGAUGGGCAUGGAGCAGUGCAGUUGAUGGUGGAGAACGUUACACCUGCAGUGAAGAACAACAUUCAAACGGCCAAGGAUGAUAGCAUUGUCUUAGUAACGGGGAAAAUUCUUGCUCGACCGUCGAAUUGUAUAAAUACGAACCUUGACACCGGAACUAUUGAGAUUGUGAUAGAAGAUUUGGUGAUUCUGAAUCCAGACGAACCGUACAAAGGUCCCGAAGCAGAUACGACUUCAGAGACUCUCACGGAUGAGCUAAAUAUUAAUCGGUACACCAACCGAACGCAUAACUGCGGUGAGCUACGCAUUGCCAAUGUCAAUCAAGACGUUAUUCUGUGUGGAUGGCUGGAGUUUUCUAGAAUGAAUAGAUUUUUUACUCUUCGUGAUGGAUACGGAGCAACCCAAGUUAUCAUUCCGGAAGAGUUGCACAGCACCGUCAAUCUGAACGAUAUACCAUACGAAAGUAUCUUACGCGUGGAAGGAACGGUCAAGGAACGUCCGGCAGAUAAAGAUAAUGCACGACAGCCUACCGGUCAAAUAGAGGUAGUUUUGAAAAAACUGGAAGUGCUUAACAAUGCCAGAAAUCGGCUGCCGAUGGAUCUUAAAGAAUUCAACAAGGCGAAGGAAAAUCAUCGAAUGGAACAUCGUUACAUCGAUCUGAGAAGUGUUCAACUGCAGCAUAAUUUGCGUUUACGAUCGCAAAUUAUAAUGAAAAUGAGGGAGUUUAUGAUCAAUAAAUGCGGUUUUGUCGAAGUUGAAACACCCACUCUGUUUCGUAGAACACCAGGGGGUGCCCAGGAGUUCGUGGUCCCAACACGUAAGCCGGAUCAUUUCUAUUCGUUGGUUCAGAGUCCGCAGCAGUUCAAGCAGAUGCUCAUGUCGGGCGCAAUCGAUCGUUAUUUCCAAAUCGCUCGUUGCUACCGGGAUGAAGCCACCCGACCGGAUAGGCAGCCCGAAUUCACUCAGCUCGACAUUGAACUAUCCUUCACCGAUCGGGAUAAAAUAAUGUCGCUGGUCGAAGGUGUUCUUGCCAGCUCUUGGCCGGCCGAUGAUGAUCCUCUUAAAGUUCCUUUCCAGCGUAUCACGCACAACGAAGCGAUGAAGCGUUAUGGUUGCGAUAAACCGGACACACGAUUCGGUUACGAGAUGCAGGACGUUACCUCCGACAUGAACUCGAGCGAAAAGGCCAUGAUGGGGCUCGAGAAGCAUGAUUUUGGAGCGUAUGCGAUAGUGGCCAAAGACCCACACAGCGGCACACCGACGGCGUUCAAGAAGACUAUAGAUGCACUUGCUAGAGAGUACCCGAAUUGUAAACUUCUGUUCAGUCACAUUACACCGGACUGGUUGGAUACCUCAAUUGUCAAGGUAUUGGAUCCGGAUGUUGCAAAGUCCUUGAAGAACAAUUUAAUACUCAAACCAAAUGAUCUCUUAUUGCUUGGCUAUGGAAAGAUUUCGGAUGCGCAAGAAAUGAUGGGCAAAUUGCGACUUGCUUUCUACGAAAAUCUGGAAACACGAGGUCUCGUAGAGGCGCGCUCAUCGACGGUACAAAAUUUUCUCUGGUUGUACGAUUUUCCCAUGUUUGCGACAAACCCCGAAACCGGAGCGUUGGAAAGCGAGCAUCAUCCCUUCACCGCUCCUCAUCCGGAUGAUCUUGAAAAGUUAAAAUCGAAGCAAGACUUGAACCAAAUUCGGUCUCAGUCGUUCGAUUUGGUUUGGAAUGGCGUUGAAAUUGGCGGUGGUUCUGUUCGUAUUCAUGACGCCGAACUGCAGAGGAUGGUUCUGGAUGACAUUCUACAGGUAGACCAUUCUCAUCUACAGCAUCUGCUGGAUGCGUUGGACUGCGGUUGUCCUCCUCACGGAGGUUUUGCUAUCGGGUUGGACCGGUACAUUGCUCUGCUUUGUAAUGCACAUUCCAUUCGAGAUGUAAUAGCCUUUCCGAAAACCUUAGAUGGCAAGGAUCCACUUUCGAAGGCACCAGUGCCAAUCAGUGAGGAGGAGAAACGUCUGUACCAUUUAUUGCCAACUGAAACGAAAACGGAGAGAUAAAAGGCUUGACUUUGGGCAGCAUUUAUUCCAUUUAAAAUUGAUGUGCUUUGUGUAAGAUUUGCAGUGUUGUGAGAUUUUGUCAGCGGAAUAAAGAACAAAAAAAAAUUCGAACAGAAUGUGACUAGAGCGUUAGCAAACUUGUAAAAAAUAAAGGUGUGCUGUCGUGAUUAUGAA